AAAGGCCUUAUAUAUUUUUCACCUCGAUUUCGACACUACGAUACACUGUACUUGUUUGUCGGGUUCAUUCCUGUGCACUGUGCACACGCGCGUGUUCUGUUGACAUCGAUCACGCUCAUCAUCACCGUGGAGCUGGAGUGCUGCCAUUGCAGCGCCAAGAUCCAGAAGGUCCUCUGCUGCAUCCAAGACCACGGGGAGUUCGUCAUCGAAAAGAUCGUGUACGAGAAGGACAAGGUCCUCGUGUCGGGGCCCUUCGACGCCGACAAGCUCUCCUCGAAGCUCUGCUGCAAGGCCGGGAGGAUCAUCAAGAAAAUUGAGGUCGCCAAGCCGCCUUCCAAAACUCCUGAUCCACCAAAAUCUCCCAAGAAAGAGCCAGUCAUGUGCCCGUAUCCGGACCCAUAUCCAUACCCGCAGCCCGCUUGGCCGUGCAGCUGCCCCACACCAUACUGUUGUUGGUGCCCGUCGUCCAAGCCACCGCCACCGCCGCCAAAAAAGGAGCCCAAACCUCCUGAGACCAAGCCCAAGCCAGAUCUGGUGAUAUACCCGUAUCCGUACUCAUAUACAUGUCCACAACCGGCGUGGCCGUGCAGCUGCCCCACGCCGCACUGUGGAUGCAAGCCCAAGCCGGCACCGUCUCCGCCUCCACCUGAGCCACCAAAACCACCCGCAUGCCAGUGCCCGGCGUGGUCGCCGUGCUACUGCAGCGGCGGCUACCCGCCGUACAUGCCGUCGCCCAUGCCGUACCCGAUGGUCGUCUGCGAUGACAGCCCGCCCUACGGCGCCUGCACCGUCAUGUAAUCUAACUGCGGGCAGCUGCGUGAUGCAAACUGAUGAUGUUUGUACGUUUCUAUACCAGCCGACUACGCUGGUGCUAUUCUGUAUCAGUCAUUUGAUGCUUUUGUGAGCCAGCGUGAUCGACAGUGACAUGAUCCCCGACCAAAUGAUGAAGUCAUUGUAGUUUCUACAAAAAUGUAUUAUGCUGAGGGCGAUGCCAAAUAAGGAGGAAAGCGUGCUCGAGGAUUUCGUAGGGACUGUGUGCACAGAGGUUUUUGCGAGGGUUUUGCAUGUACUUCUAAAUUUUUUAUGAUGGAAUUUGCCAAGUUCUCUUGUUUAAAA